CCACACACACUCUACACCCUACACCCAAGUUAUCAUCAAACCAAACAAUUCUUGUUCUCUGCCUUGGUUGCAACACCCUACACUAAAGUCAUGGCCACCUCCACAGCAGCCCUCUCAGGAACCAUGGUGAGCACCUCCUUCGUCAGGAGGCAACCAUUGAACACGAGCCUAACGGCAUUCCCUAACGUGGGUCAGGCUCUAUUCGGUUUGAAAGCCGAACGUGGAAAUCGUAUCAUUGCCAUGGCCACUUACAAUAUCAAACUCAUCACCCCAGAUGGAACUAAAGAAUUUACUUGUCCAGAUGAUGAGUACAUUCUUGACGUAGCAGAAGAACAAGGCGUCGACCUUCCUUACUCAUGCAGGGCUGGUGCUUGCUCUACAUGUGCUGGAAAAGUUGUAGAAGGAGAAGUGGAUAAUUCAGAUAAUAGCUUCCUUGAUGAGGGUCAAUUAAGUGAAGGGUUUGUUCUCACAUGUGUUGCUUACCCUCGUUCAGACCUUGUUAUUGAGACACACAAGGAGGACGAACUCGUUUCUUAAACAUGAUAAUUGUGUGUGCGCGCGUGCAUGUGUUUUCUAAAAAUUAAUGUUUGGGAUGCCUACCGGCUUAACUUUAUCUAGUUGUUCUAUGUUGUGUUUAAUUUUUGGUUAAGUUUCUUUCUUUUUUUUUUUUUGAAGAAUGAGUGAACUAUUGGUGAUUUAUUUCAUUUAUUUUGAUAUAUUAAUUCAUUUCUUAGUUUAACCUGAA